GUUGCCAUGAAAAAAGAGAGUUUCCAAACCCUUCUUUUCAUAUCUCUGUCCUCCCCACUCCUUUCUCUCUCUCUCUCUCUCUCUCAUUUUUUGUUAUCAACUACCGUAAUUUUUCUCUUCUCUUUUUCUAUCCUUUGGCUUCUUUUAUUCAUUUCUCCAACGUGGUAUACUCGUCAUGUCGACGACGUUGUCGUUCACUCAAUCGGAUCCUGUCCCUAUACCCCAUGCCAGCGACCAGUUCUCCUAUAAAGAGCUCAUUAAGCAACUGGCGUCGCAAGCACCGACACCUUACGGAGCCAUUCCGCCUCUGCUGAAAAAACGCAAAGCUAGAAAGAAGAAACAACUAGAAGCGCAGUUGAAAAAUGCAUCUAAACAGCGAACACCAGUGCGCCGCAUGUCCCAUGUAGAGAAUUGGGUCGCCGUCGACAGUAAAGAGAGUCUGCCAGAUGAAGAAGAAUUGGUACGGUCAUCUCCGUUUCUGAAUUUUUUAUCAGCCGAUUUCUUGACCCAAGUGUUACCGCUCCACAUGCCUCCACCAUCGCUCAGUGAUCCAUCGGCAUUUGAUCAACAAGGCGAGUUACUGUCAUUUAUGCAGCGUGACCACUCAAUGCGGGAUAGCCCCAACCGCGAUGCAUUAGCCCCGAUGCCGGUCCCGCGUAUGGACAAACGACUACAAGAGGUGCAAACGGCUGAUGAAGCGCUGGAGGAGGAAGAAGACGACGACGAGGACGAUGAGGACGAGGAUGACGACGAAGAGGACGAUGGAGAAGACGAUGAUAUGGCAAGGUCAUUAAAUCCCGCUCGCACUCGACGUGGACGACGACGAAGAUCGAGUUGGAAGAGCGAAGGUGAAGAUGAAGAAGACGAGGAAAACGAAGAGACUACGCGAAGAAAAAGUUUGAUAGGGCGACGAAGUAUUCCUUCCUUUUCAAAUGCACAAACCCCCUCGACCUCCACCACGACGUCGUAUGCCAUGUCGUCCUCCCCGCCUCACCACAUGGAAACCCACCGUGCCAAAUGGUCCCAGACCAUUGCCCAACUUCGGCGCUCGCUUGUCCAGAGCACGUCGCCACCUACACCCCCACCCUCCUCCUCCUCGUCGUCGAAAAAAGAUGGUUUCAUUCCUAUGCCACCGCCACCGCGUCGUCGGUCCACAUCGAAGCGUCGACGUUCGGAAGCCACGACGCAGCCACGGUUUAAUCCUGACACAAAUACAUACACUAGAGAUACCCGGUCAAACCCUGAUCAUUUACGAAUGAUAUCCGCGGAACUGAAUAUGAUGCGCGCUCACAAACUGUUCAGUCCUCUGAAACCUCGAGGAUUCUUGCCGCGGCGAAAGGAUGCCUUUGUACGCGGAGCUGGACGCCGCCAAUCUCGUUUAAGAUUUGAAGACGCUUCAGAAACCGACGAUCUGAGGAGAAAAAAUGAACUCGUCCGUGUUCCAUUGUAGAACAUAAUGAAUCACUUUUUUUCUUGGUUUUCACGUCUUUUUUUUUUUUUUUAUAUCGCGAUUCAUUUCUGUUCUUUUUUUUUUGCGAGGGGGGAGAGGAGGAAAGAAAUUCUUCCGACCAAGAGACGGCGUCGAUUUCUUCUGUACAUAUCACCACUUUUUUUUUUUUUUUUUUUUUU